AUGUCUAUUUACGUCCCUCAGUCUGUCACAACGCCGCAAAACAUUGGGUCUGUCGAAGUCUUUGGUACCUCUUUUUCGACUCAGACCCAAACGGUCCUGAUUGCUCUUAACGAGCUGGGUAUCAAGUACAUUCACCACCACACUAUGCCCAAUUCGCCUGAAAUCAGCGAGUUCUCUCCUUUUGGUACUAUCCCCGUGCUGGUUCACCGUCCCAAUGCUUUCUACUCCACUGAUGAUAAGGUUUCACUCUUUGAAGUCAGUGCCAUCUGCCGCUACAUUGAUGAGGUUCUCAACGAGCAUGGCACUCAGGCUGCUCCCAACGUGAACCUUUUCCCUAAGCUGAAGGGCACUGACAGUCGCACUUACGCUGACAGUGCAUUGCUUCGCGCGGAAAUUGUCCAGCUAUGCUCGGUUGUCAAGACCUACUUGCAGUCUGUGGUUGAGGAUCGCUACGUCAAGCAGUUCUUCGCUCUCCGCAACAAUGGUGCUACGCGCGCGGAUAUCGAUACAGCUCUCUCAGAGAACCUUGCUGUUGCUAUUGAGGCUCUCGUGUACUUUGAGCGCCUUCUGCACAAGACGCAGAGUCGUCUUCGCAUUUCUAAGGAGUCAGACUUUCUUCUUGGAAGGGAGAUGACCUGGGUUUCGGUGCUUCUCUUCCCUAUUCUUCGCGACUUUGCUGCUACGGAGCCGAAUGUCCUCCACGGCGGCGAAAAUGAGCGUCUGCCUCACCUGACGAACUUCCUUCAUACCUUCGCCAAGCGCCACAGUGCCGCCAUCACACUGCCUGGUUCGUUUGCUGGCUCUGUGAACAAGCAGUAA